UAUGAUUUUUUUUAAAUGUGAUAGUUUGGGAUGAAUCGCGAAUGCGCGCGUCGCGUCGCUUUCCCCCUCAUUUGAAUGCGUUAUAUAUAACAAACUUUGAUUACGCCACUCGUAAUUAUUCAAAUAAGCUUGCAGAAUGUAUUGUGUGGACUGAUCAAAAUGAGCCACCGACUAUAAAUGUGGCCAGCUGCUAACGCAUUGAAUACACAAGUAAAGCAGAGUGUUUUAAACCAACCGCAUCAGGAUAAACCCUGCCGUUAUUACAGUCGAGUACACCGAUCUGUCCGCAAAUAUGACAAGGUAACCGCUACGAACGUUCUUCAACCCAAAAAGGCGUUUUAAAUCGUCGACGUUUGAGCGUGGACAUGGCUGAAAACGUACGACACAAUGGGAUUGACAGAAAUCGAUCAACAACGGUCGAAUCGUUGCUUCGGCGCUGGAUGGGAUUUUCACUUCGCGGAGAAAAUGCUCAGCUUAGUUCACAAAAGAAAGAGAGUCGCUCGCUGUUUUGUUUCUCGACAAAAAAUCCAAUACGGAAAUAUUCGUUGAGACUUGUCAAUUCAAAACCGUUCGAUUACUUCAUCCUUCUAACAAUAGCAGCGAAUUGUGUUGUACUAUCAAUGGACGCUCCCCACCCCGCAGGGGAUUCGACCGACUUGAAUAGACAACUGGAGGCAAGCGAAAUAUAUUUCGUUGCCAUAUACAGCUUUGAAGCUCUUGUAAAGAUCUUGGCAAUGGGCUUUAUUCUACACCCAGGGGCGUACUUACGAAAUGGCUGGAACAUUUUAGAUUUUAUCGUUCUUAUCGUUGGAAUUAUCGGCGUGGUUCCCGAGAUGAGUCAGGAAACUAAAGAUAAUUCCGAAGGAAUCAAAGCUCUUAGGGCGAUACGUGUUUUGAGACCGCUGAAACUGGUUUCCGGUAUUCCAAGUUUGCAAGUGGUAAUGAAGUCAAUAGUUCGUGCAAUGAAACCAUUGAUGCAAAUCUUAUUUUUGAUACUGUUUAUAAUUGUGAUAUACGCAAUAAUUGGUCUUGAGCUGCUGGUCGGUCGCUUUCAUUGGACAUGUAGAAAAACCGCUACGGGUGAGAUGAGUGAAACUCUGCUGCCAAGUCGUCCGUGUGGGGACGAUGGAGGACGGACGUGUGGAAGUGGGGAGAGAUGUGAAUAUAUCAACUCGACGGCCCAGUGGCCUGGACCCCAUUAUGGAAUAACAUCCUAUGAUCAUAUAUUCCUGGCUAUGCUGACCGUUUUCCAAUGUGUCACAAUGGAAGGAUGGACAGACAUUAUGUAUAUUAGUUUUGAUGCUCGCGAGUACGAGUAUGGUGUGGUGACGUCGAUUUUGUACAUUUCAUUGCUGAUUAUUGGAUCGUUCUUCAUGUUGAACCUUAUUCUUGGUGUUCUCAGCGGGGAAUUUGCCAAAGAACGCGAGAGAGUGGAGAAUCGUCGUUCCUUUUUUAAAUUUCGUCGUCAGCAACAGAUGGAAAGAGUUAUGUCAGGUUAUACAGAUUGGAUCAUAAAAGCCGAGGAAAUAAUUAUCAGAGAGGAACAGAAUGAAGAUGAAAGACAAGCUCAAGCGGCCCGGCGAAUUCAGGAAAAUAUGGUGCACAAACGGCACAGCUUGUCAGAGUCAUUCAUGAAUCUCAUUGAUGGAAAUAAAGAACUACUGAACCAUUUGAAUAACUGUCGAAAAGACGCUCAGAGCUCAAUGGCGAACAAAACCGAUGCGGUGCGAAAAUUGAAACAAAAAAUGAAGAAAAGCCGUCUCUAUGCUCGGCAAAUAGUUCGAAGUAAUUUCUUCUACUGGUCUGUGAUUGUCUGUGUUUUUCUCAACACGCUAGUCAUAGCUCUAGAGCAUCACGGACAACCGGAAUUUCUUACAAAGUUUCAAGAUACCUGUGAAUUGGUUUUUCUGGUUAUAUUCAUCGCUGAAAUGUUGUUCAAAAUGUUUGGUCUCGGUUUCCACACCUAUUUCAGUUCUGCUUUCAAUUGUUUUGAUUUUACGGUCGUCUUAUGUGGUCUCGUGGAAAUGAUCAUUCAGGAAGUGAAUGACAUCAGUCUUGGCAUUAGCGUUCUAAGAAGUCUAAGACUUCUGAGAAUAUUCAAAGUAACAAGGUUCUGGAAAUCUCUGCGAAAUCUAGUAACAUCGCUACUCAACAGCGUUCGCUCUAUUCUUAGCCUCAUAUUUUUACUCCUGCUGUUUAUUUUCAUAUUCGCUCUGCUUGGGAUGCAGCUGUUUGGAGCAAAAUUCAACAACAAAUUGGAUCCUCCAAGAACAAAUUUUGACAACUUCUUCCAAGCCAUGCUUGCUGUCUUUCAGAUGCUCUCUGGGGAGGACUGGAACACAGUAAUGUACGAGGGUAUUUUGGCCAGUGGAGGACCAUAUACCAUCACUGGAAUGCUAGCAUCACUUUAUUUUAUUGGUCUUGUUAUCCUGGGCAAUUACACCUUGCUGAACGUUUUCCUGGCGAUAGCGGUAGAUAACCUGGCCACGGCGCAGGCGCUAACACGUGACGAAGAGAGAGAACAAAAAGAAAGAGAAUUAGCGAAGAAACGGAUACAGGAGAAGCGGCAAAAAGGAUGGAUGAAGGCGAAGAAACAGUUGCCAAUUGUUCUAAAUUUUAAACAUUUGUCGAAUCUUCGUAACUGCAGGCUUGCUGAGCAGAGAGACAACGAAAGAUCUAGUUCUAUAGAGAUUACGUCACCAGUGACAUCGCCGAAUGACGUGGCACUGCAGUUUAACAGCAACCCAGAAAGCAAUAUACGCGCGGGGGUGUAUGAGGUGACUGAGGAUGAGAACAGUACACCGCGGGAUGACGGGGGUGAAGAGGUCGUACGCAAUAUCAGCUUUGCCGAGAUACUUCAGCAAGUGAAAGAUAGAGAUAAACAAGAGAGACAACUUGGAAUCGAUGAGGAUACGGAGGGUGUACAAUCUGAAAACAAUUACAUCCAACAAGGUAUCAGCAAUCAUGGAUUCGCAAAAACGCUCCGUAAUCCAGAGAAGAUAAUUGGCCGUCGCUUGAUAGCCAGACGUGUGCCUAUCAUAAGAAAGAAUGCUCUAUUUAUAUUUUCGCCACAAAAUCCCUUGCGACGAUUUUGUCACUGGGUGGUAAAUCUUCGUUAUUUUGAUGACGUCAUCCUCGUUUUGAUAGCAACAAGUAGCUUGUCAUUGGCUGUAGAGGAUCCCGUGGAACCUUUCGGUCAGUCCGAACGAAACAAGAUUUUAUCUUAUUUUGACUGGGUUUUCACGGUUGUGUUUGCAAUUGAAGUUAUUAUAAAGAUAAUUGAUGUUGGAGCCGUGCUUCACAAAGGCUCGUAUUUUCGCGAUCCUUGGAAUGUGAUCGACGCUGUUGUUGUCUGCGCGAAUGUAGCCACGUUGGCCAUCAGGUUAACGUCAUCAUCAGAGGCUUCUAUGAGUGGAAAAGACAUCUUGAAAUGUCUCAGAGUUCUUCGCGUUUUGCGUCCUCUAAAAGCCAUUAAUAAGUCGAGAAAACUCAAGACCGUGUUUCAAUGCAUGGUUUACUCUCUCAAGAACGUCAUCAAUAUCAUCCUCAUCACUCUCUUGUUCUUAUUUAUUUUCGCUGUGAUUGGUGUCCAACUAUUUCAGGGGAAAAUGUAUUAUUGCACAGACCCUUCGAAGCGAACAGAGGAGACUUGCAAAGGCCAGUAUUUUCAUUACUUCAGCGCUGCCAACAACGAAGAUAUUCCCGCUUUUAAGAUCUCCAAACGUGAUUGGAAAAAGCGUGUUUUCAACUUUGACUCCCUACCUCAAGCAAUGCUUACUUUGUUUUCGUCGUUGACCGGGGAAGGAUGGCCGACGACGAUGUAUCAUACUGUUGACGCCACUGAGGAGAAUAUGGGUCCCAUACGAGACUACAAUAUUCACAUGUCAAUUUACUACGUUUGUUUUGUCGUCGUGUUUGCUUUCUUCUUCAUCAAUAUUUUUGUCGCUCUCAUCAUCGUGACUUUCCAAGAGUCUGGAGAACGGAAUAUCCUCGCCUGUGAUCUCGACAGAAACCAGCGUGACUGUAUUCAGUUCGCUAUCAAUGCCAAACCUCGCCAGCGUUUCAUGCCGGAAGACAAAAGCACUCUGUCCUACAAGACAUGGGUCCUCGUGGAAUCAAAACCGUUUGAAAUCACCAUAAUGAUCUUGAUCGCCUUGAAUGCCGUCGUUCUCAUGAUGUCGUACAAUGGUAUGAGUGACGUCUAUCAGAACACAUUGAACUACAUGAAUACUGGCUUCACCAUAAUUUUCACAGUCGAAGCAAUUCUCAAAUUACUGGCCUUCAGAGCGAAUUACUUUCGUGACGGAUGGAAUAUCUUUGACUUCAUCAUCGUUUUAAUAACGUUUUCAGGAGUGAUUCUGAAUUUUGUUCGAGGCAAUAAAGACGACCUUCCAAUCGAUCCAACAUUUUUCCGUCUCUUCCGAGCUGCUCGUCUUAUUAAACUCAUACGUCAAGGUUACACAAUACGAAUGCUGCUGUGGACGUUUUUACAGUCUCUGAAGGCCUUACCUUACGUUGUGACACUAAUGGCAAUAUUGUUCUUCAUCUAUGCUGUCGUUGGAAUGCAGUUGUUUGGUAGAGUUCAACUGAACGAUGCAACGAACAUCAAACACCACAACAAUUUUCAAAGUUUUCCACGAGCCCUCCAAGUUUUAUUCAGAGCAGCGACGGGCGAGAGUUGGCAUUUGGUGAUGAAGGAUUGCUUUGAUCUUGCAUUAUGUGAUAGCCGAGCUGGAUUUUACCCUGGGGCAAAGUGUGGAAACACUGCUGCUUCUAUAAUCUAUUUUUGUUCAUUUUAUUUUCUUUGCUCGUUUUUGAUGUUGAAUUUAUUCGUUGCCGUAAUUUUGGACAAUUUCGAAUACCUGACUCGCGACGAGUCCAUUCUUGGUCCUCAUCAUUUGGACGAGUUUGUCAGAGUUUGGUCGGAGUAUGACCCAACGGCAACUGGUCGGAUUACCCACAAGAAUGUUUAUCGUUUAAUGUGUGACAUGUCACCUCCAGUCGGCUUUGGCAGAAAAUGCCCAAGAUUCCUAGCAUACAAGCGUUUGAUCAAGAUGAACAUGCCAAUAAUGGGAGAUAGCACCGUACUCUUUACUUCGACACUGUUCGCCUUGAUCCGUACCGCUCUCGGGAUCUACAACAACGGCGAACUGUCCCGAGGAGAUGACGAAUUGAGACAAGUUAUUAAGAGAUUGUGGCCGAAAGUUUCACAGAAAAUCUUGAAUAGAAUGGUCCCUCGUGACUCGGUUCUGAGUUCGCAUCAACUGACGAUCGGUAAAGUUUAUUGUGCGAAGUUGAUUUACGAAAAUUACAAAAGUAGAAAGCGGAAACAAGAGGAAAUGGAUUGCUUGAACAAAAGGAAGAAGCGUCAACCGUCACUCUUCCGUCGUUUGAUGGGUGCUCUGCGUACUUCGAGCUCUGGGUUGGAAGAUGAAGAGGCUGGGGACCAGUCGAAUGAUUUACGAGUGCCACCAGCUGAACAGUUGCACCGACGGCGCAGAUCUCAAACUCUCAACACACCACCACUCGCCCUGCGAGAUAAAGUAAGUAGUUCUGUAAAGAUAAGCAAAAACAAAUCCAUGAAAUUCUUCCGCAAAUCACAUAAGAAGAGAAGCUCUGGUAAUCGGAGUACGAUGAGUGGAAGGAUAGUCACAUUUUCAGAGGAUAUCCCUAUGGAUUUGACUGAUAUUAAGCCGACAAUCAUAGAUAACGAUGAAAGAUGCGGUAUUCUAGCUAAACCAAGGGCGUACACGUUUGAUAAUCCUGCCAUGAGUAUUGACGACGAAAAAUUCAUUCCAAAUCUUGUCAAAAAAUCGCCUUCAUUUCCCACCUACCGAGGUACAUGGUCACCCCUCGCCCCUGCCCUUGUUAUCUUGCAGGUGCCAACUCUAGAACACACCCCACCUCCCCCCACUCCUCCAGCGCUGGAUCCUUCAUUUCCUGACGUCAUACGGUCGGCCGAAGCCAGUCCCAGGCCGUCGCUAACUUCGGUCAUACAUGACGCCAAUCUUAUUAAGGAGAUCAACGAGAAGAUUGCUGAAGCUGUGAGCAGAGGACAGACUCCGUAUUCAAUAUACGCCAUCAAGGAUGGAGACGAGACGAGCUGGUGUUGAAUGACGCAUUUCGGUAAAUCAGGUGACCUAGUCAGCGGUUGUACCUAAUAAGAGGUUGUUUUGAGCCUGCGAUGAUGACGGUCAACGUCGGCAUUAAUUUGGGGUCCGCACCAUUGCUAGCUAUAGUGUCUUUAUAAAAUUCGAGCCCAUAGUCAUUCGAGCCAGCGGCUGAGGCGGUACUGAGCCCGCGGUAAAUUUUGUACAUGUUAAAAUUCAAAGAUUGGUCGUGGACUAGAUAUUUCUACGAAAUGGACGAAAAAUCUAGUGUAGAUUCCAUUUAGACCAUUUUUUGCUUGCAAGAUGGCUGAUGGUAAUAUUUAUAAAUAGUGAAAAUAAUUACAUUUUUAAGUGAUCUCGUCAGGAACGAACAAAACAAAUAGAUUUUAUGAUAUUUCUUCUCGUAUUUUAA